AUGUACAAGUUCACACUAUUCACAUAUUAUUUAAUAGUGUAUUUUGCAUCGUACUUCGCAAUAGUUUCGUAUUUAGUUGAAGGAUCAAAGCCAGUGCUGCAGGGGACUGUAGAAGCUUUGUUUGUUGAUAGAUCUCAAGUAAUUUACCCUGGUGCGUGUAAAGUAAUAAAUUCUACAGCUCGACAACUUAAAAUAUGUAGAAAAGAUCCGGGUUUACAGAUUGUCUUAUCUACUGCAAAAUCGCAAGCAAUAGAAGCAUGUGAACAGUAUUUUCAAUACGAUAGGUGGAACUGUUCUUUAGUAUUCAAUGGGAAGGAGAAAAAAAGUAUUUUCAACAAGAUAUACAGAGAAACGGCAUUCGUGCACGCCUUGGUGGCUGCCUCACUAAGUCACGCUAUUGCCAAAGGUUGCGCUUCAGGAGAUUUAUAUAGAUGUUCUUGCUUAAGAACUAGGAGAAAAUACAAUACUACACAAUUAAAAAGCGGCAGAUGUGGUGAUGAUUUCAAAUACGCUAAGAGGUUAGUUAAAAACUUUCUCGACGUUAAACAAGUUAGCUCUGAUGCAGUAGCGGAAAUACUAAAACAAGAUGUUUUAAUUGGCAUUGAUUCUAUUGGAGAACACUUAAAAGAAGUUUGUAAGUGCCAUGGUUUUUCUGGAUCUUGUACAACAAAAACUUGCUGGAAAAGACUUACUCCCUUUAGUUCUGUAAUGGGCCUCUUAAAGAAACAUUAUCAUCAUGCUAUUAAAAAGAAGAUAGUUACUUCUCCUGCGAAAUCACCUAGCCCUGCCAGGAUUAAAAUAAGACUGGAAAGAGAAAGGAACAAACUUAUAUAUGUUCAGCGUACUCCAAAUUUGUGUGUUAGUACAAAAGGAAGAGUUUGCAAGGACAGAAACAAUUGUGCCACGUUGUGUUGUGGUAGGGGUUUUACAGUUUCUAAAAAAACUAUAAGCAAAAGGUGUAGAUGCAAAAUGGAGAAUUGUUGUUUCGUUAGUUGUGACAUGUGUGUGGAAGAGGUAGAUGUUUUUACAUGUAAAUAA